AUGUCUGCCAGACCCGCAAAGCCAGUCUAUUUCUCCAACGGGGAGGCUCUCCAGAGCCCCCCAUUUACCGUGCGACUUACCCGCUUCGUCGAGAGCAUUUACUUCUUCUUGGGCCUGUACUUCACCACGCUCUUAUCGCUCGACUCCUACGCCGCUGCCGAGAACUCUUCUUUCAACGUCAAGAACCAGGGCAACAAAUAUAACACUCGCUCUCGCUGGGGAGGUAGCAAUUCCUCACCUCGUGGAGGUGGUGGUGGUGGAGGAGGAGGUGGCGGUGGUGGCCCGGGCUUUGGUCCGCGGCGCGUGGGACGUGUAGAUGAUGUUCGUGGACCGGAGUGUACACUACGCAAACCGCCCAGCAUGAGUGCCAUCCCCCAAACGGACGCCGAAUGGGCGGAAAAGUUAGCCAACAUGAAGCAGCAGCUGCCCAGACACUCACUGUCCCAACCGCCAAUUCCAACUCAAAUCCACCGCACAAUAGACCACACCCUCCUAACGACCCCAGUCGACCCCUCACAGAUCGACACGCUGUGUAAAGAAGCCCUUGAAUAUGACUUCGCCACCGUAUGCGUGCGACUGGAGCACGUCGCCCGUGCCGCAGGCCACGUCAAAGGUAGCAACACAGGGGUCGCAUGUGUGGUCGGAUUCCACGAGGGCACACACCCCACAGCUGAGAAAGUGCGCGAGGCCAAAGAGGCUGUUGCGCAGGGCGCUACAGAACUCGACAUGGUGAUUCGGUACAACUUGCUGAAAGAAGGCCGGUAUACGGAGGUAUACGAGGACAUUCUUGCGGUACGCAAUGCCGCGCCGUCGCCAAUUGUCCUCAAAGCAAUUUUGGAGGCGGCCGUGCUCGAGGAGGCGCAGAUCACCGAUGCGACAAUUGUGUCAUGCUUGGCUGGCGUGGACUAUGUCAAGACUAGCACAGGUUGGAAUGGCGGUGCGAGUGUUGAGCAGGUUAGGCUUAUGCGCUUGGCGGCAGAUAUGUGUGGGUGCUCUUGCUUGAUUAAGGCCAGUGGCGGUAUACGCACUGCCGAGGCUCUGCUGCGCAUGCUUAAGGCUGGAGCGUUCCGCAUUGGAACCAGUGCUGGGAUUGGUAUUAUGAAAGAGAUUGAUAAGGGGGAGAUGCUUGAACAGGGAUGUGGUCAUGCGGUAGCUUGA